GGAAACGGUCAAACAAAACACAAGGUCACUGGCCACUUCAAUUUUUUUUUGUUUUUACUAGAAAUAGUGAAAGCACAAUACUUUCAGGCUAACUAAAGCAACAAAUAUAGCUUCUAAUAUUUAAUAAACAAAUAAUUUGUAUUCAAAAAUUUGUAACAACCUGAUUCCAUUAAGAAAAACGCACAGCAAUGACCGAAGGCUGGAAACAGACUGUUACUAAUGUGUCAGAACAUUUCUUCCCAGGACUAUCGUACUACAAUAAUGACGAAGAUGAUGAAUUCAUAAAGCUGGGUAAUGAAGUAGUAUCCAAUCUUCCACUACAGAUGUCAUUAUAUUUCAAUGUGGUUUUCUUUCCAGUAUGGCUAAUCACGACACUUCUUACUCUCUAUUUGAAGAUUGGCUGCCUCUCAAUGCUGUACCAAAUAAUAGUUUUGGUUGUGGUCACCCUGGCAGUACUAAUCGAGCUAUUUCGACUGUACCUAGGAUAUCGAGGCAACCUUUGUGAAAUGAUCCCCGAGUUGGCCGGUUUCUUCAUGUUAACCGCCAUGCUACAGACCCCGUUGCAACUGUUUCUUCUAGUGGGAGGCUCAGGCCACGGAGCAGUACUGCGAGCAAGCGUGCUCGAACGCUGUGUGCAAACAGUGCAGGUGUGUCUACUAGCUGUGCAGUUGGUGAGUGGCUGCCAGGCGUUACGUAACGCGGCACGACAUUCCGCCCAGCAGUUCCAUAUUGCCCGAUUCAAAAUGGCCGAGCUUCCAAGUCGAUUGCAGUUGCGAACAAAGUCCACUUGAAUGACGGAAUAAGACGAAGAAAAACAAGAACCAGAAGAAUAAGAAAAUAAAGUUUAAGAAAGAGGAUGAUAAAAUGAAAUUGAAGAAGAAGAGGGA